UUAUCUGUUAACAGCGAACAAAAUGUAGUCAAGUUUAUGUCUGAACCAAAACGACAUUAGCCAGUAUCAGUCCCGCUCUAUCCACACUGCAAAAAUGCUGGUGUCGCCACCGCACCACCACCACCUCUCCGCCCUCCUCCACCUCCAAGACCGCCGCAAUUCCCUCCCACCACCCACCUCCUCCAAGCGCCACAUCACCCUCCCCAUCUCCUCCUCCUCCUCCCGCCGCCACCAGGCCCUCCCACCCCACGACAACGACGCCGCAUCCACCAGCGAAACCCACACUCGCCGCACCCACAACGCCCGCUCCGCCGCCCUCCUCCUCCAACACCUCUCCCCCCAAACCCCAGACGAAGAAAUUCACGAAACGCACCUCCCGCUGCUCAAGCAAGACAAGGAGAAAUUGCUCGAGAUUUCGCUGCUGGGCAAGAGGACUCCUCAAUUUCCCGGAUCAAUCUACGCGAACCCUAAUACUUCGCUCGUGCAGAGCGUUUUCAGAAAGGGGAAACCCGGCGAUGCCGAUGAGGUGGAUGAUGAAAUGCUCGUGAGAGCGCUCGAGAUAAGGAGGAAGGUGACUGCCCAGAUUUUCAAGGAGGCUAUGAAAAGGGGCAAAUUUGGGAUCACUUAUUGUGAGAAUUUGGUUUCGACUAUACCUGAGUUCAUCGAUUAUGUGAUGAUUAAGGCGGUUUCCAUGAAGGAAUUGCCUGAGUUUUCACGGUCGUCGUAUAAUAUUCGUGCAGAGUUCUUCAUUCAAGAAUGUAGAGUCGUGCCGCUCAUAAGGUGGUUGAAGCACAACUCUCUAUCAUACCCGCAAAUUGGGAAGCUUAUAAGUGCAUCAAAAGGGAAUCUUGAUCACUUAAGGUGUGUGGCAGAAUGGUUGAAGACGAUCCAUGUGAAUGGGAGGUACAUAGGAGUCACGUUGACUCGGGCUGGUGGGAACGUGUUGGAACGCAGCAUGGAAGAGUUUGACGAGCUUGUUAAGUAUUUGGAGGACAAUGGAGUGAGGAAGGACUGGAUGGGGUAUGUAGUUAGCCGGUGUCCUGAGAUACUGGCUUUUAGCAUGGACGAGCUUAGGAAACGCGCUGAGUUCUAUUUGAAUAUGGGGAUGAAUAAGAAUGAUUUCGGAACCAUGCUUUACGACUGUCCAAAGGUGAUCGGUUACUUCUCUAUGGAGGAGAUGAACCAGAAGGUAUCAUAUCUGAAGGAGUUUGGGCUCAGCAAUGAAGAUUUGGGAAGAUUAUUAGCCCACAAACCGCAACUGAUGGCGUGUAGUAUCGAGGAUAGAUGGAAGCCUCUCGUUAAGUAUUUUUAUUACCUUGGGAUCCCGAAAGAUGGCAUGAGAAGAAUCCUCACCUUCAAGCCAAUCAUAUUUUGCAUUGAUUUGGAAAGCACCAUUGCACCAAAGGUUCAGUUUUUACUGGAUAUAGGCGUUCAGCAAGAUGCAAUUGGAAGCAUGCUUACCAGAUUUCCCUCUCUCAUGACAUAUAGUCUCUACAAGAAGAUACGGCCUAUGGUGAUCUUCCUCUUGACAAGGGCGGGGGUUUCUCAACAGGACAUUGGGAAGGUGGUAGCCCAAGCACCGGAGCUCGUUGGGUGCAGCAUAGUGCAUAAACUAGAUCACAAUGUGAAGUACUUCUUUUCUCUUGGGAUAAGGCUACCGGUGUUGGGGCAGAUGAUCGCGGAUUUCCCCAUGCUGCUCCGCUACAACAUUGAUGUCCUUCGCCCCAAGUACCGUUACUUGAGAAGGACGAUGAUACGACCUUUGAAGGAUCUCAUUGAGUUUCCAAGGUUUUUCAGCUAUUCGCUUGAAGAGCGAAUUAUCCCUAGGCACAGGAUUAUGGUGGAAAACCGGGUUAAUUUUAAGCUACGGUACAUGUUGGGAGGCUCGGAUGAAGAUUUUCACACGAGAGUGAGGGAGGCGGUCGAGAGACGAAGGCGAUUUGAAUCUGGUGCUGUUAUAGGUGAAGAAGAAGCAUCAGAUUCUGAAUAUGAUGAUCAACCAGAUAUGAAGUCUGUUUCUCAAUUACCAAAUGACUUGGAAAAUGAUUCAGAGCAUUAUUAGCAAACAGAAUUUCUUCAUUUGUUUUUGUACAUUAUGGUUAGUUACUAGUUCAAUAACAUGUAUAGCACUACGAAA